CUAAGAGCAUCCCUGCUUUUGGGGCGCUCCCUGAAGAAACAGCUGGAGAGAGACUCUUGUCCCAGGGAGUGAUCUGAAAACUGCCACUAACCUGCAUGUCCUUCUUUGGGUCGCUUCUCACGCCAGCUGUGGAGCAGCUUCUCUUUCUCCAUCCCUGGCUGCCCACAGCUAGGUCACGUGUCCCGCCCUCUGAGUUGAGAGGAGAUUGUGGGUCUGUCUGCCAGAUAAGGCAGCUGGCUGCCAGCCCCACACUCCAAGUCCCCUGGCCUCCAGACUUCUAUAACUCCUGACACAUCUGAGGUUUCCUCCUGCCCUUUCAAAAUGCCAGCCGCAUACUUGGGAGUGCCCCCAGUGCCCUCCCUUCAGAUGCCGGCUUCGCUGCUCCUGGGGUUCGGUAACUCCUGGCCUGCCUCAAUCAUCACAGCGCAGUGGCAGGCCACACUCCCCACACCUGUGCUGCCACAUUUCAGCCUGGAUGCCCUUCACCAGCCCAGAAGGUCCUGAUGUGUCCUGUCCAGAGCCUGUGAGACUUGAUCAUGGGAUUAGUUACAUACAGAAAUCAAUAUUGAUUUGCUCAGCCCCCUCCUUCCUCUGAGAUCAGCUGAUAUCAAGCCAAGUGGGGGGUUUUCUGGUCAGGCCUGUCAUUACCAUAAACCUUCCUGGAUGGUUUCCAUAACAAAUCCGUUGUUCUGGCCAGCCCUGAGGGGUACAGUAGAACUGGGCCUGUCCAGACCCCCAGUGUCCAAGGCUGUUUGCGGAGGCAGACUGGCUCUUGUCCCAUGACUGGUGGUUCCAAAGGUUGGCCAUGAGGGCUCCGUCAGAUUGUAGAAGCAGUGAAGAUAAGGGCCCACUCCUUGGCAGCCCUCCACCACCCCCACUCUUAAACACACACACACUCUCUCUCUCUCUUUCUCUCUCUCUCUCCCUCUGUCCCUCCCUCUCUCCCUAUUUCCUUCUCCUGCUUCAUUUCCAUGAGUACUUGUCUCCUAAGAACAGUUGUGAGGCUGGCACAGGACUGGGCUGUGUUUCCAUUCUGCCGUACACAGGAUCUCUGAGUCAGCGGCCCCUGACAUCUCUGUCUGCUACUUCUCUUGCUCGUUGCUGCCUUUCUCCCCACCCCCUACCCCCACCCUUGACCGAUAGUCCCAUCAGGGCACUCACUGGUUUAUUCUUAGCACUCUACACAAUGGCUGCCCCCCAGUGGCCAUCCCUGAGCUUUUCUUGACUAAAUGAAUCCAUGUCUAAUUAAUAUCAUGGCAUGUUCAUAAGGUGCGAUGCUGUCUAGUUCGAACAAUGUGGACUGAUUCGUAGUGAUGUGGAAAAAUAUGAUCCAGAUGAUGUUAGAUUUAACACCACCACCCACAAAAAUCUGGUUUGAAAAGCGCAGCUAGAGGAUGGCCCUGGUUACAUAAGCAUUCAUUCCCAGAGAGCAGCAACCCCAACCCAGCUCUGCUGUGGGGUCCCUUUCAACUCAGCCAGGUUCAGUGAUAGGACAGAGCAGGGCUGCCCAGGGGUUUUCUGAGGCUGACUUUUGACAGGAGUAGAAAGCUGCCUCUUUCUCCUGCAGGGUGGAUGGUGCUUCUGAACUGCUGACCUUGCCGUUAGCUGCUCAGCACAUAACCCACUCACUACACUACUUGGUCUCACGGAGGAAAAAUACAACAUGUCAACAACAGUCCUCUGCAUUCUGGUCGGGGAUGUACGACCGCGCCAUCAGCGCCCCCACCAGCCCCACGCGCCUGAACCAUGCCGGGAAGAGGAGCUGGGAAGAGCCAAACUGGAUGGGCUCCCCCCGCCUGCUGAACAAGGACAUGAAGACAGGCCUUAGCCGCUCCCUGCAGACCCUGCCCACGGACUCCUCGGCCUAUGCUGUAGAUGCGUUCUGCCCACCCCGGUCCAAGCCACUGGCCAGGAAGGGCCAGGUAGACUUGAAGAAGUCACGGCUCCGCAUGUCCCUGCAGGAGAAACUGCUGACUUACUACCGGACCCGGGCGGCCAUCCCUGCCGGCGAGCAGGCCCGGGCCAAGCAGGCUGCCGUGGACAUAUGUGCUGAGCUUCGGAGCUUCCUGCGGGCCAAGUUACCUGACAUGCCCCUCCGGGACAUGUACCUGAGCGGCAGCCUGUAUGAUGACCUACAGGUGGUGACCGCCGACCACAUCCAGCUCAUCGUGCCCCUGGUGCUGGAGCAGAACCUGUGGUCCUGUGUCCCCGGUGAGGACACCAUCAUGAAUGUCCCUGGCUUCUUCCUGGUUCGCCGGGAGAACCCCGAGUACUUCCCUCGCGGCAGCAGUUACUGGGACCGCUGUGUCGUGGGGGGCUACCUCUCUCCAAAGACGGUGGCCGACACCUUUGAGAAGGUCGUGGCUGGCUCCAUCAACUGGCCAGCCAUAGGGUCUCUCUUGGACUACGUGAUCCGGCCGGCGCCACCCCCGGAGGCCCUGACCCUGGAAGUGCAGUACGAGCGUGACAAACACCUCGUCAUUGACUUCCUGCCCUCAGUGACCCUCGGGGACACUGUCUUGGUGGCCCGACCACAUCGACUAGCCCAGUACGACAACCUGUGGCGGCUGAGCCUGCGUCCUGCUGAGACGGCGCGCCUGCGGGCCCUGGACCAGGCUGACUCGGGCUGCCGCUCCCUGUGCCUCAAGAUCCUCAAGGCCGUAUGCAAGUCCACGCCUGCGCUGGGCCACCUCACUGCCAGCCAGCUCACCAACAUCAUCCUCCACCUGGCCCAGGAGGAGGCGGACUGGUGCCCGGACGUCCUGGCCGACCGGUUCCUGCAGGCCCUGCGAGGGCUCAUCAGCUACCUGGAGGCCGGGGUCCUGCCCAGUGUCCUAAACCCCAAGGAGCAAGAUGCUGGUGACGUGCUCUGCAGCUGUCCCCUCCCCAACGACAGUGACACGGGAUGACUCCACAUGGCUUUGAGGCCUCGGCUUGAGGGAGAGUAGAGAAUCUGCUGCCCUCUUGGCCCUAGGCCUGGGGUCACCCUUGUUCCUCCUGCCUUCCUCCCAUCGAUAGGAGGCAAGGGUCCCUUACAGCCAACCGUUGUUUUGUCUGUCUGAGGAAUUGACUGAGAGCAUGCUCAGGCCCGGAACCUGGGCUGCUCAGAAUAAAAUGGCAGGUGAAAACA